AUGAUUCUGAAGGGCGCCCGCACCUCACCUCCGCUAGCAAAAAGACAGGUGCAUAAUUUUGUUCUCACUAGUGUAUUGGCGAUGCAAAGUACACCUCCGCAAAAGAUAAAGUGUAUGUCAAGCCCAGAUCUGCACCAUGAAAUCGAUACUACCAAUAACUUCGUUACUUGUAGAAAGCGCAAAGAAAUGGACGACAUAUCCGAACAUAGUAUGAUAUUUUCCAACAAUAUCUUAAACGAAAAAUAUAUAGAAAAAUUAGUGACAAACUGGGUGCGCUUUGUUUUGUCUGGUGAGCUCACCAAAAUAACGGAUGCCUUAACUAACAUCCAAUUGGCCGUAGCCGGGAUAAUUUCAGAUAAUACGGCUUUAAAAAAUUCUUUACUAGAAGUUAACAAUAAGCUUAUAGAUAUCGAUAACAUACUAUGUUCCUCUGAGUUACGUCAAGAUUCAUUUGACGCUCGUAUUAAAGGGCUUGAAGAAAAAAUCCAACAGUUUUCGGAGCGGAAUGCCGAUCUAGAAAAUAAGUUAUCAUCAAUGGAACAACAGGCAAGGGGCAAUAAUCUUGAAAUUUCAAAUUUACCUGAAAAAAAAAAGGCGAAAAUCUUUGUAAAAAGACCCCCAACUUAG